AUGAAUACGGACGCUGCAUUGGAUGCUAAUCAUAAUGUAAUGGGCUUAGGCUGGGUUCUUCGAGAUCACCUUGGUGUGUUUUUAGCUGCUAAGGCCAUUCGUAUAAGUGGUAAUUACAGUGUCCAGGAGGCUGAGGCUAUGUGUGUUCGUGAAGCGAUGAGUUGGUUGCACGGAACCGGGAUGGGUAACGUAGAUGUUGAAACUGAUAGUCAACUCGUGUAUUAUGCUUUAUCUUUGAAUCCUUUUAUUUCUGCUUUUGGUUUUCUUAUUGACGAUGUUAGAGAAGUUGCAUCUACGAUUGAGGGUGUAGACUUCUGUUUUGUUAAUCGAUCUGCGAAUCGUGCUGCCCACAUUAUUGCUCGGGAGGCCGUUUCUUUGUCAGGUUGCGGGGAGUGGUGCGUUGAAGGAGAACGAAUUGCUCUUCUCCAAUUCAAGGAAAGCUUAAUUGAUACAUCAAACCGUCUCUCUUCAUGGAGCGGUCUUGAUUGUUGUGAAUGGGAGGGAAUUUCUUGUAGCACAACAACUGGCCAUGUCCUAAAGCUUGAUUUGCACAACCCAGCUACACCUCCUUAUGUUAUUGACAACUAUAGCUAUGGUUUGCCAUCAAACUAUAGCAACAACUGCUUGGGAGGUGAGAUCAAUCAUUCUCUUAUCAACAUAACAUAUUUGAAUUACCUUGAUCUAAGCCUCAACAAUUUUUCUAAGAUUCGAAUUCCUGAAUUUUUCGGAUCUUUCAAAAACUUGAGGUAUCUUAACAUCUCAAGCUCUGGUUUUGUGGGAAAUAUUCCCACUCAUCUUGGAAAUCUUUCAAGCUUAGAGUAUCUCCACCUUGGAGAGGCUUUGGUUGGAGUUCCAUCUUAUAAUGAUUUGACUACGGAUAACUUGGACUGGUUGGCUAGCCUUUCUUCCCUAAAAAGCCUUGACAUGUCUUGGAUUUCAAUUCGGCAUAGUGAAGAUUGGUUACGCACUAUCAACAAGCUUGUGUCUUUAUCUUCUUUAAACUUGACUGGUUGUCAGCUCAACACAACUAGUCCUCUUUCACAUGUUAACUCCACCUCUCUCAUCUCCCUUGAUCUCAGAGAAAAUAGUUUGGAUUCUGCAAUCUUUCUGUCUAAUCUCACAAGACUAGAGCAUUUGAAUCUAGGCUUCAACUCUCUUAAUUCUAGCAUGCUAGAAAUCUUUGAGCCCUUAGCCCCUCUAAAGGUCCUUGACCUUUUUAGAAAUGCCUUUACAGGCACACUGGUUCCGUUGUGUAAGUUGCACAAUUUGGUUUUCAUGGAUCUUAAUUCUAACAAUUUUCAAGGUUCAAUCCCCAAUUGUCUUGGAAACUUGACUUCUUUAACCUCUCUUGAUUUAAGGUAUAAUUGGUUUACAAGUUCGAUUCCCAAUUCUCUUGGAAACUUGACUUCUUUAAUCUCUCUUAGUUUAAGUGCUAAUAGCUUUACAGGUUCAAUUCCCAAUUCUCUUGGAAACUUGACUUCUUUAACCUCUCUUAGUUUAAGUGGUAAUAGCUUUACGGGUUCAAUUCCCAAUUCUCUUGGAAACUUGACUUCUUUAACCUCUCUUGAUUUGAGUGAGAAUAUCUUCACUGGUUCAAUUCCAAAUACCAUUGGUAGUCUUUGUAGAUUGCAAGUGCUUGAUUUCUCGAUGAAUAAAUUGACAGACUCCAUUGCAGUUCUUCCUGAUUGCCUAUUAGAUAGUUUGAAAGAAUUGUUCUUAGAUUCUAACAAUUUCAGUGGUCAACUUCCAAACCAGUUGUACAAGUAUAAGAAUCUGGAAAUCCUUUCUGUGUCUUCAAACUCCUUCGCUGGUCCAAUAAUUGAGUCACUUGGAAAUUUGUCAAUGUUGAGAAACUUGUAUAUUGAUAGCAAUAAGUUUAGCAGUAGCAUUCCCUCAAGUUUUGGAGAACUUUCAAAUCUUAGAGCAGUAGAUAUAUCUUAUAAUUCAUUUGUAGGUGUCCUCUCAGAAUUUCACUUUUCAAAACUUAGUAAUCUUAAAGAUUUGUACAUAUCUGGAAAUUUAUUUGUUUUCAAUAUAAGCUCCAACUGGGUUCCACCUUUUCAACUCGACGAAAUUGCAAUGGAAUCCGUGAAAAUUGGUCCUCACUUUCCUCAUUGGCUUCGUACUCAAAGAAAUGUUGAAACUCUAUUUAUGUCUAAUGCAAGCAUCUCAAGUGCUAUCCCUGAUUGGUUUGGAAAAUUUUUCUGGAAUUGCGAUGCAUUAGAUCUCCAUGAAAAUCAUUUAAGUGGAGAGCUUCCCUUGGAACCCCAUGUUGAAGGUUACAUGAAGGCAAAGAUUCGUUAUCUUUCUCUUUCAACGAAUUAUUUGAGUGGUGGUAUCCCCAAAUGGCUAUGCAGUUUAAAAUAUUUAGAGAUUCUUGCUCUAUCUACAAAUAAGUUAUAUGGAGAAAUACCUUCAUGCUUAGGAAAACUACAAAGUUUGAAAGUUCUUGAUUUGGGGAAGAACAAUCUAAGUGGCCUCAUUCCAAAUUCACUGGGAUCUCUACAAGAGCUAUAUUCUUUGCACUUGCAGAACAACAAACUUGAAGGAAAACUCCCCUCAAGCAUGCAGAAUUUAACAAGCUUGGAAAUCUUGGAUUUGAGUGAAAAUGAAUUUAUGGAUGUUAUCCCUCCCUGGAUUGGGAAAAAUUUAUUGAGUUUGAAAUAUCUUGUAUUUUAUACAAAUAAGUUCUAUGGGGAUAUUCCAUUGCAAUUGUGCCAACUGCAUGAUCUUCGAUUGUUGAAUUUGGCAAAUAAUAACAUAUCUGGAUACAUCCCAUGGUGUAUUGGCAACCUGACUGGAAUGGUUUCUAAUGGCAACCCAGCAUACUAUGGGAAUCGUUCUGCUUAUGGAGACAAUUACGAUGAUGAAAUUGAUCAAGUCAUAAAAGGAUUAACAUUGCAAUACACUAAAACCCUUCAAUUCUUAAGAUCUAUAGACCUUUUAGGAAUCACAUUGUCGGAAAGAUCCCAAUUGAGAUAA